AUGACCCCCGUGCCACAGACCGCCUUGGACGGCCCUAGGCUGGGGGCAGGGGACAGGCUGUGGCUACAGCCCUGGGCUGAGGGAGAGCAGGAGCAUUGUGAGGUCAGCCUGGGGGUCAUGGAGGACACUGGGCCCCAGGAGCCCACCCCCACCCAUCCUGCCCUACCUGUCCCACCUGCCCAGCCCUUCAGGCCCUCCCAGCUCUCCCAGCGCCAUCAGCUCUUGGCUGCAGCCUGUGCCUCUGUCUUCUGCAGCCGCCUGGGGAGACUUCGUGACAAGGAUGGAUUUUGUCAGCUCUCAUGUCAAGACUCUCCUGGUGAGAUGUGCACAGCAGAGCCUGAUGGAGCCCAUCAGCCGUGCGAGAAGCCUGUGGAAGAUAUUGCUCCUGCCAUGUCCCCAUCAGCUACUCCGGCUCCUCUGACCUUCUGUCCUCUACCUCUGGCCUCCACCCUGUCAGCAGAACAUCAAGAAGACCAAUCUGACAUGAAGAGAAUCCCACUGGGCACCAUUGUAAAGAGUUCACCUCCAGGGCAGGCAACUACCAAGGCCUUGUUCUUCCCCACCUCGUCACAGUGUGAGUCCCAGAGAGAGUACGGGUCCCACCACCCACCAGAGGCCUCAUUCUGGGGCCUCCCUACACACCUGCAGGUAGAGUCUGGUAGCCCCUCAUUUGUCAACCCUGGUGUCCAGAAGCUGCUGGAGAUAAUGAUCACCAAGAAAGCAGAACUGAAUAUUUGGAAGGAAAAGGAAAAGGGUGGGUCGUUUUCCAAACAAAUGAGCUCAGACCACCACCUGAACUCCUCGGGGAAUAUAUGGAACUCACCCUUCUGGAAUGUGAAAGACAAACAGGAGCAGUUGCCCAGUCCUCAGCAGCUCCCACUUCCCAAGUUCUUGGGGGACCCUCUCUAGCAGAAAUGCAGCCAGUUCUGGGGUCUUCCCUCUCUGCACAGCGAGUCCCUGGUGGCUGCUUCCUGGGUAAUUAGGAGAUCUUCUCACCUGCAGUUUCCUUCUAUUUUAUUCAAUGGAAUUUCUAAGUUACAGUGCAGCCUACAACACCUUCCAGUUACAGUGCAGCCUACAACACCUUCAGGGCUUUCCCAGGCUCUACCCUUGUCCUUCCCUGGGGCCCAACCCCAACCUCUGGCUCAGAUCCUGACCCAGACCCAUCUCUUAUCCUCCCUCCCAAUCCAACCACCUUCUUCUCAGCCCCAGGUAAGGAUCUCUGGGGUAUCUUGCCCUACAUCCCAGAAUAAGUCACAAUCUCUCAUCCCUACUGAAAUUCAACAUGUGGAAUGGCCCUUGUUGUGGAAGCAACAGAAAAGCGAGAGGACUUUGCCCUUUGCAGCCAAAAGAUCUCAGGAAGUCUUUAGCCAACUCACUCCCAACCUUCCCCAGGACAACAGGGCCUCCCACAGCCAAAGAUCAGUUUCCAUUCCUCACAGGGAAUUUAUUAGCCCUAAUCUCCAGAAGCAACAUCUUCAAAGGAGACUCCUAAAAGAUGAACAUCAGGAUGGUAAAAGCAGCCAUGGGUCCCAGGUUAACCUUCCAACGAGGGAAGGAAUUCAGCAGGGGCUUACAGCAAUGUCUGAAGAGGAUCUUAAAAGAUACUCUAGAGGUUCAGCCAGCUUCCCAGGGAAGACAAUGAACUCCAGGAAGGAGUCAGAAAGAUACUUGAUGAGGCCCUCAAAGAGUGACUCAGGAAGUUGCUUACCCAGGGGCCCAGAUAAGAAACAUCUAGAAAAGAUAUUGAAAGCCCAUUUGGGCAGGAAGUUGGAGCAGAUCAAGCAGGGUUUGAUCCCUGUUGUGCGCCGAUCCUGGCUUUCUGCCAAGCAUGAUUUUCCCAAGUUCCAUACUCACUUGGAAGGCAGAAAUCUAGCAUCCUUGAAGGGUUGCGAAUGCUGCAUUCACACCUCCUGUGAGCUUUCCACCCUCGGUCCAAGCAUUCAACAGCUGCUAGAAGCACACGUUAUAAGGGUGCGGGUGAGGCACAGGUGGGGCCAGCCCCUCCAGGCUUUUGAGUUCAUACAUCUCAAGCUAAGUGAGGCUCAACACUUACCUCUUCCACUGUCCCCCUUUCCCUCCUCAGCCACCUGUGUAUCUGGGGCCCACUCGAAAGUCAAGUUGACCAACCUCUUGGGAAAAUCUCAGCCCCUUCCGAGAAAGAAGGGGAUAACGAAAGAGUCAUUUCCCACCUCAGCGAGUCCCCUCCCUGCCCCCUCACCUGCUUGUGAGGAAGCUCAGAAGGCCAUGGGACGGACGCCACCUGAUUAUGACUGUGGGCCUUCACAGGCCCGUCCGACUGAACGGGAGGGUAGGCUGCCUUCCCAGUCUCUCUUACUCGGCCUCAGGGACAGAACCCAGCAGACUGGCACUGUCGUGGGCGUUGAGAAAAGGAGCCUGGAGCCGAGUCCAAGUUUCGUAGUAGCCAAGAACGAGCCAAGGGAGGAGCGAAAGGGUCAGGCCUCAGGACACCCCUGCCAUAGGGUAGCAAUACUGGAAAUAAACUUGGGGUCCCACUCUUCACGGGCUGAGGAGACCAGGGAGGCAGUGGAGGCGAGGGGAGCCUCUGCAUGGGAAGCCAUCCGGGAGCCCUGCGUGCUGGCCCCGACCAUUAACAUCGAUGUGAGGACAUCAGGGUCUCUAGGGCCCGGGAAAAGCUCUUCACCACCAUCAAAGUCGGCAGCCCAAGACCAAGAACAGCCAUAUCUUAAAACAAAAAUUGCUAGUAAGUUUGAGCUCCGAGGGAAGGCAGAGGCAAACAACCAGCCUCAACGCCAUGCCACCGGCGUGUUCCUCCAAGACUCGGACACCUGCAUGUUCCUCCAAGACUAUGCCACCGGCGUGCUCCUCCAAGACUCGGACACCUGCGUGUUCCUCCAAGACUCUCACACUAACGUACCCCUUGCUGCAGACAUCUUAGCUUCUCACAGGUCACUGUCCAGUUCCCAGAGGGCACAUACCAGUGGGGACAUGACAGUUCCACAGGUGCCAUAUGACCUCAUAUUGAAUGGCCACAGCAGCCAGAGGCAGCAGGAACCCAGGAUACCAAAAGUUAAGGAGCCAUAUAAGAGCCAGAGCAAGAUGUUUGUCCCCACUGGUGAGAGAGAGGGCAACAGGAGGCCCAAGCCAGGACAGCAGGACGAGGGGUUGGCAGGGCUGAGGACCCCUCGAGCCAGUGAGAUGAGCCACUCUCCCCAGGUCAGGGGAAUAGGAGACACUCUUGGGAGCAAAUGUUUCCAACUCCUGUCAGAGAAGAAGGAGGUUUUUUCAGAAAACCACUUCAGAAAAAAGAAGACUCACUUUCCACAGUAUCUUAACUCCGAUCAAAAAGACAAAGGACCGGAACAUGUCCUUCCAAAAGGCCAGCCUGCAUCAGCAAUUGUCCAGAGCUGCGACCCAGGAAAAAGCCCAUUGGUUAUGGACGACAGGCCUGUUGAAACUCAGUCGAUCGUGACAGCUCUUGGACAGCUCCUGGUGGAGCAAUUGGGGUUUCCCCAAGGAUUUCAUGCCUCGGAUUUAAAUCAGAACAUAAAACAAUUCCAGGCCCCAGUAUGUGGCUAUUCCUGCUACCACAGGCCCCUCUUCUCCCCAGAGAACAGGAAAGUGAUAAGUGAGAUGACCUAUGAUUAUCAAGCCACCUCCAAUGGACACAACUACCCUAACAUGAGUGGGUGGACCAGAGACCGGAACAGCGAGUGGGCCUUCCCACCCCGGGAACUAGGGUCCCCAAGCAGAUCCUGCCAGCAUGAGCCAAGGGUGGCCAAAGCCUCAGACCACCCUCACUAUUAUCCAACAUAUCUUCGAAAACGUGCCUCUUAUGGACAGCCAGGGUGCAGUUCUUACACCUUUCCUGUGAGCAAGGAGCCCCUGGUGCCCCACCCCAUCUACGGGCCCCGAGGGGAGGAGAAGUUAGGGGUCCAGGCUCACAUGAGGCCCACCCCAGUGUGUCCACCCCACUAUGGCUCCCACGCCAAGACCAGCGAAGCCACCUGUCGCUGCCACUCAGAAUGCCAGGCUGACACAGGCCGCAGAGCCUUCCAGCCUGGAAGGUCCCCUUCUUUACAAUAUAUUACGCAGCUUGCAGAGGACUGGGAACUUUGGGAAGCUGUCUGUGACCUUUAA